AUGAUUCCCCAAACUAAUCCGGGCGAUAAAGGCGCAGAAUGGAGCGAGAACUUGAACAUGACUCUCAUGUGCAAGGACUGCAAAGAAUUUCCACCCAACCUUGUCGAGGAGUUCUCCUCUGGUGACAUGGUCUGUGGUUCCUGCGGCCUCGUCUUGGGUGAUCGCAUCGUCGAUACCCGCUCUGAGUGGCGUACGUUCUCCAACGAUGAUCAAGGCAAUGAUGACCCGUCCCGUGUGGGUGAUGGCGCCAACCCUCUGCUCAACGGCUCUCAGCUUCAAACCACCAUCGCGUUUGGUGAUGGCAACGCUCGAAGCCGCGAUCUUCUCCGCGCACAAGGCAAAUCUGCUAAUGAUAAGGCCACUAAAGGCCUACUUGCAGCAUACAAGGAGAUUGGUGCUCACUGCGAUGCCGUUAACAUUCCAAAGAAUGUUUCUGACACUGCCAAACAUCUCUUCAAGCUUGUCGACGAUGCCAAAGCCUUCAAGGGCAAGUCGCAAGAAGCAAUCAUCGCUGGUUGUAUCUUCAUCGCCUGCCGCCAGUGCGGUGUUCCACGAACUUUCCGCGAAAUCUACGCUCUGACGAAGGUUUCCAAGAAGGACAUUGGUCGAACUUUUAAGGCUCUGGAGAAGUUUUUUGCCCAAGAUAGUGCUGGUAAGGUUGCGAUGGCUAAUGCUGCUGGUGGAAAUCUCCAAUCAACAGACACGUACCAGACCACUACCUCUACCAAUGCCAAAGACCUAUGUCUCCGUUACUGCAGUCAACUUGGUCUCAAGUCCCAACAGUUCGUCAAAGUCUCUCAAGGCCUCGCCGAUAAGAUGUCCACCGUCGGUGAUCUCGCCGGUCGUUCUCCACUAUCAGUCGCUGCCGCUUGCAUAUACAUGGCCUCAUUCUUGCUUGGCAAGGGAAAGACUCCGAAGGAGAUUUCGCAGGUUGCUGGUGUUAGUGAUGGUACAAUCCGCACUGCGUACAAAUACCUGUACCAAGAGCGCGAGAGAUUGAUUGAACCAGAUUGGAUUGCUGACGGCAAAGGCAAGAUGGACAACCUUCCAGUCGGUUGA